GAUGGCAACGAUAGCGCUCGAAGCUCUGUUACAUCGAUACAAAUUAGAGCAAAGCCUAAAAAUAUUGUGGAACGCGCAAAGGCUCACUCACACAAAACACAGAAGCUGGAUCCGCUGCCGGUUGCAGAUGAGCAUGAUACAUCAACAGAUGGCUGGAUUAAAGCAUCGGCCCAACGCAGAUCUCUUAAACCUCUCGAUGAGUCCACAUUUCUACUGAAAGAUGGAACCUCUCAAAAAGGAAGACAAGGAAGUACGAUCAAAACUGUACAGGGCAUCAGAGUGACGACAGCUAGGACACUUCCUGAGCAUUCAAGCGCAAGGACAGAGACAAAGAAAGAACUCCAGCCUCUUAAGGAAGAAGAAAAUGAUGAUCUUGAUGAAAGUGAAGAAGGAAAAACAAAAAUGCCUAGCGAAGAAGAACUUGAGUUCGCAACGACAGUUAACACUGUGUUCAGUCCUACACAAUCACCUGAAGCCGCCUUAGAAUCAACUUUAUCAGCGACGCAAGAAGAAGAAAGGAAGAAUUUGAGGAACCGAAAAGGGAAGAGCAAACCAAAACUUCGAAUUCGACUUCCUCUCCUCUUGAGCGAAAAAUAA